GUUUUCCAACACAACUACUCCAUUUUCUUCCUCCUAUUUCUCUCCGCCGUUUGCCCCCACUCCUCCCUGCUGAAAAAAAAACCCAAUAAAUAAGAUCGCUGCAUCAACAUUCGUGCGGGGAGGGACAUCGCUGCGAUGGAGAAGGAGAAGGGACUGAAGCUGUUCGGCGUCCUAAUCGAGGCGGCGGCGGUCGGGGAGCCAAUCGAGGAGGAGGUGAUGAGAAAGAGCAAGAGCACUGGGGAUUUGGCGUCGUGCGCAGCGAACCAGAGCUCUCUGGAUAGUGGGUACCUGUCCGAUGGCGGCCUCGCUCAGAACUCGAGGACUAGGGCUCGACCAGAGAGGAAAAGAGGAGUUCCAUGGACCGAAGAAGAACACAGGACAUUUCUUGCCGGACUCGAAAAGCUUGGCAAGGGAGAUUGGAGAGGAAUUUCGAAGAACUUUGUGACAACGAGAACUCCGACUCAAGUAGCAAGUCAUGCUCAAAAGUAUUUCCUUAGGCAGAGUAAUCCCAAUAAAAAGAAGAGGCGAUCUAGCCUCUUUGACAUGGGGAUCAAUGAUAAUAAUGCUAACCUUGCCCUUACUGAAACUCCCACUGAAUUAUCUUCAAAUAAAGUUGAUGAUGCUGAAAGGAAUAAUAAUCAAUCGCAGGUGAAUGCACCAUCUUUCGUUGGAGUUGCAGAACCCUUGCAAGCCUUUAUCAUGGCAACAAAGGAUACCAACACUUCGAAUCAUAAAAAUAACACAAGCUUCACCGAUCAAGUGAACUCAAGGCUCUACGCAAGCUCUACAACUCUACCAGUUGGGUCAGAUAUCCUCCAGCUCCCUCUAGCAAAUUUUCCAGUUCAGCAACCGAUAAAUUUUCCUUCAGUAGACAACAAUGAUCUUGAGCUCAGCAUUGCCCCUCCUCAGCCUCAGCCUCUUGCUAUAUUACCUUCGCAUAAUGCCACGGGCGCAAUUUGGGUGAUUUAAAUUUGUUCAAUAUUUAUAUUUAUACACAUGUUUCUACCCCUCGAACAUGCUUAUCAAUAAACAGAUGCCCUAUAAUGGAGGUUAUUAACGUCACUCAUCUCCGAGCACAACAUACUUAAAAUGCUUCUCUCAGUGCCACUCAUGUCAUUGUCUCUUCCCAAAAUUUAAGGUAGAGCAGCAAUAGCAGAGGCCUCUGUGCUGCGAUAAACAAAUGUGAAAUGGGAUGAUGUUUGGGUGGCUGUUGUGUUUC